AAACAAGGAGGUCGUGUUGCAUUGUGGGAAGUUUAGCGGGUGAAAGAUGGCGGCGCGCGUCCUCUCCCGGUGUGUCCGGACACUGAGCCGCGGCGCGGCGGUGUUUAAUCGGUGUGAUGUCUCCGCGGCGGCGGCGCUCUCUCUCAGCCGUCACCGAGUCUUCUCUCACCUGGCGGCGGGACACAAGCCGCAGCUCGCGCAGACUCCCGCUGGGACGCAAUGGCGGCGGUACGGCGACCUUCCACCUCUAACCCUCGAAUCGAUCAGAGACCGCGUCCUCUACGUCCUCAAACUGUACGACAAGAUCGACCCAGAGCAGCUGCAGGUCACGUCUCACUUCAUGAAGGAUCUGGGCCUGGACAGUCUCGACCAGGUGGAGAUCAUCAUGGCCAUGGAGGACGAGUUCGGUUUUGAGAUUCCCGACGCGGAAGCGGAGAAGCUGAUGACUCCUGAUGAAAUUGUUCAGUACAUCGCAGAUAAGAAGGACGUCUACGAAUGAUCUCUCAUCGUCCGCUGUACAGAGUUGUGCGUGGGGCGACGCCCGUCGUCUCUUAACGCACCGCCGUGAAACGUGUCGUUUUGUCUUCAGCUGGAAAAGUCACUCCUGCUCUGGACUUUAGUCGGGAGUGGCAGGGUCUCCCGAACCUGCCGCAGGAUGUUUUGGAUUCCAUUUGUCGUUUUAUCCGCAUACAAACAUGUCACAUAAACAUAAAUAAAGUCUUUACAUCCCUGA